AUGCACAAAAUGAUAGGAAGGGUGUCGUUACUCGUAUGCCUUAUGGCAUCUUGUUGUCAAUCACUGGAUCAAACUAUCACUUUAAGCAAUGGUAGAAAAAUGCCUGUAAUUGGUUUGGGAACCUAUAGAGCGACCGGAGAUGUCAUCUAUAAUAGUGUAUUGACUGCUCUGGACGUCGGGUACAGACAUAUAGACACCGCCUAUUUGUAUGACAACGAGAAAGACAUCGGAAGAGCUCUGAAACACGCGUUUAGCGAAACAAAGAUCAAACGCGAAGAUGUGUUUAUUGUAAGCAAACUGUGGCACACUUUUCAUAGCAGACCACUGGUGACCGAAGCCAUUGAAAAAUCGCUGAACAGCUUAGGUCUCGAAUACUUGGACUUAUAUCUGAUUCACUUUCCAUUCGGGUUGAAAGAGGGAACCAAUGAGACGACUCCAGUGGACCCGCAGGGAAACGUCCUCUUCUCGGACGUCGAUUAUGUCGAGACGUGGAAAGGGAUGGAAGACGUGUUGAGCAAAGGUUUGGCCAAAUCGAUAGGUCUGUCAAACUUCAAUCACGAGCAAAUCGAUCGCAUCUUAUCCGUGGCUAAAGUAAAGCCUGUUAUCAAUCAAGUCGAGUGUCACCCAUAUCUCAAUCAAAAACAGCUCAAAGACUUUUGUAGCGAAAGGGGUAUUGUUUUGACCGCUUACAGCCCUUUAGGAACCGGACGGCUACUCAACGAUACGGUUGUAUUGGAAAUCGCGGACAAACACAACGUGACCGCCGCUCAGGUGCUCAUCAGAUACGAGGCUCAGAGGGGUGUUGUAGUCAUACCUAAGGCCACGAGCAGGAAAUAUAUCGAAGAAAAUUUCAAUGUUUUUAAUAUUAAUUUAAGCGAAGAAGACAUGAAAAGUAUUGAUAGUCUAAACCAAAAUUUGAGAUAUAAUGUCGUGGAUUAUGCAAAGAAAAACAAAUACUAUCCAUUUAAUUUACCAUAUUAA